GAGCUCGCAGCUCCCUUCCUGUCCGCGGGCUGCAGGCGCUGAGCGGAGCCGAGAGGCGGCGGGGCCCCCGGCCGGCUCCCCGCAGCCCUCCUCCUCCUCCUCCUCCUCCUCCUCCUCCUGCCGCCCUCUCCCCAUGGCGGAGACUAAAAUAAUCUACCACAUAGACGAAGAGGAAACCCCUUAUCUGGUGAAGCUGCCCGUCCCUCCGGAAAAAGUCACUUUGGCCGAUUUUAAAAAUGUCCUCAGCAACCGGCCGGUGCACAGCUACAAAUUCUUCUUCAAAUCCAUGGACCAGGAUUUCGGGGUGGUGAAGGAGGAGAUCUCAGACGACAAUGCAAGGCUGCCGUGCUUCAACGGAAGAGUGGUGUCCUGGCUGGUCCUGGCUGAAAGCUCCCACUCCGACACAGGCUCGCAGUGCACCGAGAGCCACGCAGACCUUCCGCCUCCCAUCGAGAGAACAGGUGGCAUCGGAGACUCCCGGCCUCCGUCCUUCCACCCAAAUGCUGCCAGCAGCCGGGAUGGACUGGACAAUGAAACAGGAACAGAGUCGGUUAUUAGCCACCGGCGAGACAGACAUCGACGGAGGAAUAGAGAAGGGCAUGAGGAUGUCCCUCGGAUCAAUGGCCAUCCCAAACUGGACAGACAUCGCGAGCACCCUCCUGGUUAUGACAGCUCUUCUACCAUGAUGAGUAGUGAGCUGGAAUCCAGCAGCUUCAUUGACUCCGAUGAUGAUGACAACACAAGCAGGUUGAGUAGCUCCACUGAGCAAAGCACUUCGUCGCGGCUCAUACGGAAGCAUAAACGCAGGAGGAGGAAACAAAGGAUGCGGCAGAUUGACAGGUCAUCCUCGUUCAGCAGCAUCACUGAUUCUACCAUGUCCCUAAAUAUCAUCACUGUCACACUCAACAUGGAAAAGUAUAACUUCCUGGGAAUCAGCAUUGUAGGACAAAGCAAUGACCGGGGUGAUGGUGGCAUAUACAUUGGCUCUAUUAUGAAAGGAGGGGCUGUGGCAGCCGACGGCCGAAUUGAACCAGGAGACAUGCUUCUGCAGGUGAAUGAUGUCAAUUUUGAGAACAUGAGCAAUGACGAUGCAGUACGGGUUUUACGGGAAAUAGUCUCCAAGCCAGGACCUAUCAGCCUAACGGUAGCCAAAUGUUGGGACCCUACUCCCAGGAGUUAUUUCACCAUCCCCAGGGCUGAACCAGUGAGGCCAAUUGACCCUGCAGCGUGGAUCUCUCAUACCACAGCCAUGACGGGAGCGUACCCCCGUUACGGUAUGAGCCCCUCCAUGAGCAUCACCACAUCUACCAGCUCCUCACUAACAAGCUCAAUUCCCGAUUCGGAAAAAUUAGAAGAAUCUCCCUUAACUGUGAAGAGUGACAUGGCUACUAUUGUCAAGGUUAUGCAGCUACCAGACUCAGGCCUUGAAAUCCGGGACAGGAUGUGGUUAAAAAUUACCAUCUCCAAUGCAGUGAUAGGAGCAGAUGUGGUUGACUGGCUUUACACACAUGUGGAAGGCUUCAAAGACCGACGGGAGGCUAGAAAAUACGCCAGCAGCAUGUUAAAACACGGCUACCUCAGGCACACUGUGAACAAAAUCACCUUCUCGGAGCAGUGCUAUUACGUCUUUGGAGACCUCUGUGGCAAUAUGGCUGCACUGAACCUCAACAAUGGUUCCAGCGGAGCCUCGGAUCAAGAUACCCUUGCUCCACUUCCACAUCCUGCUGCUCCCUGGCCGUUAGGCCAAGGAUACCCAUAUCAGUAUCCUCUACCCCCUCCGUGUUUCCCACCAGCAUACCAAGACCCAGGCUUUAGCUAUGGUAGUGGCAGUGCAGGGAGCCAGCAAAGUGAAGGAAGCAAAAGCAGCGGCUCGAACCGAAGCAACAGCGAGAACAGCAGGAGAGCUCUUGGCAGAGAGAAGGACCGCAAGUCGGCGGGCAGCGGCAGCGAGUCUGACCACACUGCCCGCAGCGGGGGUGGCGCCAGCGUCGUGCGUCGCGAGAGGCCCGUCAGCCAGCUCAGCCACCGGAGUCACGUCUCUGCCACCCACAGCGAGAGAAGCCACCACAGCCAUCAUUCUUACGGGCCUCCGGGAGUGCCACCCCUCUACAACCUCCCCAAGCUGGGCUCCAAAGUCUACGGGACGAGCGGCCCCCCCGGAGGGCCCCCUGUGAGAGAACUGAGCUCCGUGCCUCCGGAGCUGACGGGGAGCCGGCAGUCCUUCCAGAAGGCUAUGGGCAACCCUUGUGAAUUCUUUGUCGACAUCAUGUGAGAGAGGAAGUGCCUUCAGACUCUGCUCGGGGGAGGGCUGGGGUGGGUUGUUUUGGGGGCGGGUGGGAAAUCUGGUCAUUGUCGAACACUCACCAGAAGAAACUUGGCUGUCUUGCAUGUCACGCCUUCCUGGUUUGCAAUUGUGUGUUGCAGAAAAACCAACAAAACGAAAAAACAACAAAAAAAAGAGACAAAUGAUGAACAAAAAAAGCCUCCUGGGAUUGUUAAAUAUCAGCAAACUGAUGGCAUCUUUUUUUUUUUUUAUCCUUUUAUUUUGCUUUCUUCCCCUCUUGUUUUUGAUUGUGGUUGGCUGGUGUAUAUUCACAUCCUAAUGAGCUUUGGUAACUGUGGCACCUACUUUCAGUGCAAUUAGUGUAUCUUUUUGGCUGAUUCAAGGACUAUUAUUUCACAUAACUCCUGGAUUUCCAGUAAUGCAUAGUAGCACUUUUAUUUUCCUCUGCUUUUUGCCCUACAAGGAAAAAAAAAAAAGAGAUUGUUGGCUGGUAUCUGUGAUACUGCCUCGUAACGCUGUUUCUUGGAUGCAUCAGUCAGCGAGCUAAGCAGCUGUGGCACCUGCGAGCGUACAGACAACCCGUGCUUGGAAAGGAGCAGGCUCAAACCAGUUCCCAGCAGAAAGCAAAGUUGUGACUACCUUCUUCUACUGACUAGGGAGUAUAAAUCGAUCUUCGUUUUUUCUUUAGAUAUUAUCCUGUCCAGGAAGUGGUGGAGUCUUGCUGCUGUAUGUGUUCCUCGUGCAAAACGUGUAAUGUUAUUUCAUUUAGUAUCACGGUAGUGACUUUGUAGCUGCAGUCUGUUCCUGGGCAUUUCCGUCACAUCCCUGCUGACAGAUAUGUCUGUUUUUUCUGGUUAUAAUGCACACUUGCUUACUGGUUUUACAAGUUGUUUCCACAGAAAUAGGAUGAUUGCUGCUAUGCAAUUGUUAGUGUGGCUGCAGCUUUCCCCUGCUGAAAGGGAUAUUUCUAUCAGAGACAUAGGUAAAUCCUGGCUCCCACUGGGACGUGGCUAUUCAUCUCGAUCACCUCUUUUUCCAUUCCUCAUUUCUGAGCAGUGUCUUCCUCUUUUUUCCCCAGCUUAAUCUCUGCUUUGAAAUAGAAACCCAAAUAUACCUAAUCCCAAUUGCAGUGUGGCACAAAGGAAAACGUUCUAAACAAAGCUGGGGGCUAGUUGUCAGCAGAGAGGCCAGAGGGUGUUUGGAGAGCAGCUCAUAAAUGGUACAAUGAGUGCAUCAUAUACCUGACACGGAGUGGGACCUGAGCUAAAACUCCUGCUGGGGAGCUUUGACUUAACUGCUGUUGUCUAUCCCCAGGAUUUCAUGACCGUGUAUUCUUCGCUCUUAGGCUGUGGACACUUCAUAAGUGUGUCCAGGAACCUUCUCUGUUGUUUAAGAAGCUUUUUUAAAAGUAUCUGAACAAGAUGGUAAGAGCACACCCACACUCACUUUUAGGGGCUCAUGUAAUGGGAAAUGGGUGUUAAUCUGCAGUCACUCAGUGGCAUUUGACCAUGGGGCCAUGCCUCAGUUAAAUCCUUUGUUAGCUACCUGUUUCUGGCAGGCUUUAGGACAGGUGCUUUAAAAUCAGUCUUUACUGUAUAUAAGCAUUUUCUUCACUGAUAAGAAGCUUCUUUGUUACGUUCCAUGCUAUAUGGGGAGUGUGACUACCCAAUAUGAAUGUUAAAAAGAGAACGUGGCUUUCUCACUAAAUACAUGUAGUUCAUGUUCUUUUGUCACCUUGAAAAAUUACUCUUCAAAUGCCAUUUUUUAUAUUGUUCAUUCUGAUAGGUUUUUUGUCACUACUUCUUUUCUUAUGACAGAUCUGUGUGUAAACACAUCCCUUAUACAGAAGUCAAGUAACAUUUACAAAUGUCUGUGUUAAUCAGAGACUUAAGUCUCACUUUCAAAAGGGAGCUAGGCAUUUAGGAAACUGUCACUCAGACUAGGUACCCGAAUUACUGGGCUUCCGAACUACCUGAGUGCUUUUGGACUGCUUUCUUUCCAAAAAUCUCCCCAAAACCUGUAUAACGUUUCUGACAGUGGUGCUUUCUUCAUAAUCUAUCUGAUGGGCUAGUGUAGAUUGCAGACCUGGUGAUGACUUGUUCAAAAGAAUGGCACUACCUGAAACUUGACUGUGCAAGAGAAUCCUUUCCUUUCCUUUCCUCCUCCCAGCAACACAGCAAAGACACUAACUAAACGGAGUAAACCAUUUUGAAAGAUCGACAUUGAAAGCAAUGAAAUAAAUCAGGGUAAAAAAAAAUCUUUAUUUCUGCUAUGUCUGCAGGAGACACUGUGAAGGAGUCUGUGACUUUCCUGACAAUCACUAGUGGUUCUACUUUUAAAUCAAUUUUAACUUUUCUGGUCUCUUAUAUAUCAUGAUUUUUCUGGCCUGCUUUGUCUUAAGGCAGAACUUGCAGGACCAGAGGAAAAGACUGUCAUUUUAAUAAAAUACUUCCAAAAGGGAUAAAAACUGGGGGCUGAGCUUUUGCCCAUGGAAGAAACGUGUUUAAUUUCCUCAUGUUUUUUCAAGAGUUGCAGUUUACACACUUGCUGGUUUUUUUUUGUCUUGUUGUCGUGCUGUUGGCAGAAACUGUUCUGUGUCUUGCUGGUCUUCGCUGCGAUGUUGAACUGACGGUGUUAUAUACUUCUGUGUUUGUGGGUAACUCUGGAACGAGGCUGACAGUCUGGAACAUGGGUGUGGGAAAGCAUUCAUCUGCUGAGGAAAUGAGGCUGCUAAAUCCGCCUGAGUUAGCUUCACCCAAGACCAGGCAUCCAUUUCAGGCAAAUAGGAAUUGCUCUGAGUGUACGGCCAGGUUUGCGAGUUGGUUAGCGCUGUAGAGCACGUAGAGCCUGCUAUUGACAGAGCAGUAGGAGAAUGUAAAUGACCAUGUUGUGAACAGUGCAAUACAUAGUGGCCACUGCGUGGAAGAAACAAAAAACUUAAGUGUUUCCCCCCCGUAGCAUACAGUGGAGGGGCUGGCUUGACUUACUGGAAAGUUGGGCCUGAACCAUUGCUAGCACUUAAUUUUCACAAGUGAAUGAAGACAAGAUUUCCUGAAUCCCACCCUUGGCUUUCGGUGCAUGUGCAUUUAUCUUUGCAAUAGCAGGGGGCUGGGGCCGAACUGUGCAAGUUUCUCUUACUGGGUACAGUACAACGUGCAGAAAGAAGUGCCGCUGGUGCCAACGAAGCUACUUGCAGUAGGAAGUACUGUGCCAGGUGGAGGAAAUUGUGAAGGCUGCAGUCCCGUGGAACUGUCUUUUUCUUUUAUCAGGGCCUGAAAUUUCUCUCUGAUUUUAAUUGUCAAGUAACUGGCACUGACUGGGCUCUAGAAUGUAUGGCCUACCCUUCCGCCUACACUGAGAAGCGGUGGGUUUGUUAUACGCGGCACUGAAACAACCUCACAACAGGAGCCUUAAAUAGCUGACAUUUUUCUAAUUCUGGAAAUGAGACCUUCAGCAUCUGCCCGUGCCCUGCAGCUGGGCUUAAUGUUCACGCAUACCUGCCAACGGCUUUUAGCAAGGACUAACAGGUAUGUUUGGAAGAUCGUAGAAAACUUUGAGAAAAUAGUUUGGGAUGACGUCUCCUGUCCAAAGGAGGUAGUAUCUGUGGGGGUAAUGUACCCACCCGAUAUAUUAACUCUGAGGAGUAAGGGUUUUUUGGCAAAUAGUCUUAAAAGCACUGCUAUUGUCUUUUACCUCCCGUUAAUAAAUUUCCUUUUCAAAGGUAACGGUCCCCUUGACACUUUAUCCAAAGGUAUAUUGGAUGGCAAGCAAUGAUGCACAGACAUUGACUUUUGAUAUUAUUUUUGUUCUGUUCAAAUGGGCAGUCCCAUCUUGAGACUUGACAGCUCAUGAGUUGAUGUAAUUGUUUUUGUUUUGCAUUUAACUGGAUUGUAAUAAGAUUGACUUAAAAUUAUUAAUUCUAAUCAGUGAUUAGAAAUACAUGUAAAGAAUUUUAUGUACAGUAGAGGAACAAAGUUACAUGAUUUUAAAUAAUGAAAACCCAGACUAUCACCUAUUCUAGAAUUGGUUCUACUCAAAGAGUGACCUCUUACUAGCAUGGACUGCACUGUUCCUGUUAAAUGUCUAUUGCAUAAUUGAAUUCUUUUUUGUAGAUAUUGUAUUAAAACCCAAGUGUCUGUAUAGUUAAUAUAUAGCUGCUUAUGUGUAAAUGCUAUUUUAAACACUAAAAAGCUUUUAAUUUUAUGUGAUAACUGCAGUGUAUGUCUUCAGUUCUUU